CACCAUCUCCCCUUCCGAACAGCUUGCCGCCACCACCACACCACGCCGCUCGCCGCCCUCGCGGCUUCCUGCCAUCCGCGACACGCUUCUCCCGCACCGCCGCACACCGUCAAAAAAAUAUCGGCGGGCGCCGCGCAAAGCGACCUCCUCCCCCCUUCACCUGCGCGCGCGCCGACGAGGACACAGUAGCGGCCAGCCACCCACACAGCCACCGCGCCGGAGAACGGGCUAAGCAAUGGCGCUCCUGUGCUCCGCCUCGGCGCGGCCGCCGCUCGCCGCCGGAGCCCGUGGCCGGCGCCCCGCGCGGGGGGCGGCCCGCGUCAUCGGCGGCGGCGGCGGCGCGGAGGCGCGCGCGUCGCUGGUGCUGGCGCUCGCCGCGCAGGCCCUCGCCGCCUCGCAGCGCCGGGCGGCCGGCCUCGCCGCGGAGGCCGUCAAGUACGCGUUCCCGCCGCGCCGCUUCGAGCCCCGCACCCUCGAGGAGGCCCUCAUGUCUGUGCCCGAUCUCGAGACCGUCCCCUUCCGCGUCCUCAAGCGCGAGGCGGAGUACGAGAUCAGAGAAGUGGAGUCCUACUAUGUCGCUGAGACGACAAUGCCUGGAAGAAGCGGAUUCGAUUUCAAUGGAUCAUCCCAGUCAUUCAACGUGCUGGCGUCUUACUUAUUUGGUAAGAACACGACUUCUGAGCAAAUGGAAAUGACAACCCCUGUUUUUACUCGGAAGGGUGAACCCGAUGGUGAAAAGAUGGACAUGACCACACCAGUUAUAACAAAGAAGUCAGCUAAUGAAAACAAGUGGAAGAUGUCCUUUGUGAUGCCAUCAAAAUAUGGUCCAGACCUGCCACUGCCAAAAGACCCUUCUGUGACCAUCAAGGAGGUGCCCGCCAAAAUCGUAGCAGUUGCAGCCUUUUCAGGUCUGGUUACAGAUGAUGACAUAAGCCAGAGGGAAUCCAGAUUGCGGGAAACUCUCCAAAAGGACUCUCAAUUUCGGGUGAAAGAUGAUUCAGUGGUAGAAAUUGCUCAGUAUAAUCCCCCUUUCACACUUCCAUUCACAAGGCGUAAUGAAAUAGCAUUGGAGGUUAAGAGGCUUGAUGCAAACUUCUGAUGACCUAGAUUAACAAAUAAGUUAUUAGAUUUCAGUGUAUAUAAAAAUGCACGCACCUACAAAUUUAGAAUUUCAAUCUUCUCUUUGCUCAUAUUGUAUAUACAUAUGUAUCGUGUAUCAGACACAAAUUUACAUGAUUGUAAAAUUGAAUGUUGAAGUAUCAUAGUUCAUUUUGAUAUUUUAA